AGGGAGAUAGCUCUGACUCGUGCGUGGUGUUUAUUUUGUGUUUAAUGCUUUUUAGUGCUUUUUAGUUGUGUUUAAUAGUGUUUAGUUGUGUUUAGUGUUGUUUUUUAUUGUGCGAUUCAUUGUUGUUUAGAGUGUUUUAAGACAAUUUCCCUUUCGUUUCGUGUUGCUUGUGUUCUUUUGUACUUAUUAUUAGUUUGAGUUGUAAAUAUGUUGAUUUCGAUCAGUAACAUAUACAGUUACAUACAAGACAAUGCGUGUGUUGAUCGAAAAACGCGGCCCCUUGAACAAGGAGAAGCACUGUAUGUGGCUGGCUUAAUCGGCAAUUGCACUUUUGAGGGACAAAACAUCGAAGCACGGUGCAUAGCCUCAAAAAUUAGUGCAGCACCUCACGAAAUUCAAAUUCAAUUUGCAGAUUAUUCAGAUUACAGACAGUGGAACUGUGUCUGCAGCUGCAAAGCAGGAGCAGGAGGGAAAUGUAAGCACAUAGUUGCCACCCUACUGUAUGUUUACAAUGCUCAGAGUAUAGGCCUACUUAGUUGCACCGAUGUUCCCCAGGCAUGGGGCAAACGGAAGCGGGAAGAACUAGUAGAAGUUGUUCCUGUGGAACAAUUUUGCCAUGUUAAGUCAUCGGAGCAUUCCAAAUGUGAUAUGGCAGGAAUUAUUCCAGAAGAUUUCGUACAAAAGUGCUUUGAAGUUCUCCCGAAUUCUGGAGCUGCCAUGCUGUUCAAGGGGACUAUUAAUCCUGAAGAUAGGUCUAGGUUGUAUCAAAUAAUUGUUAUAAAUGGCAUCAUCAAGCCUUAGCAAUUGUUAAUGAUAUAAACACAUCUUUAUUUAAAAGUUUUUGCUGCUGCUGUUUUUUUUUCUUUUGCAGGGAUGAUCUCUUCAGUGCAAUUUGCGACAAUGCUUAUCGGAGCGAAUUGAGUGAGGUAAUAUACCAGGUUAAUCUAGAUGCUCCCUUACGGAGGUGUUGUGUAGCCACCUACAACAAAUUGUAUCCAUGCGACGGAUUUGAAAUUUGUAAAGACACAUUUAAAAGCAAAGCCACAUGGAUGCAAGAACGACAGUAUAGAAUAACCGGUUCAAGAUGUUACACCUUAUUUACAUACAGUCAGGGUGACUGGCAUACCAAAGCCGUGAAAUAUUUUUAUCCCAAAUCAUUUAAGGGAACCUAUGCCACAAGAUAUGGCAACAACCAAGAAGAUUUUGCCCGGCAAGCAUAUAUGACCAAUCUCCCAAGUGCCGAAACUGUAAUCCAGUGUGGGCUGAUUGUGUGCCAAAAGAAUCCAUGGUUGGCCUGUUCUCCUGAUGGCAUUGUGUUUCGGGAUAAACGACCAAUUCGUUUAUUAGAAAUUAAGUGUCCUGUUUUAGGUGCAAAAAAAACCAUUACUGAAUGUCUUCCAUCAUUGGAGUACAUGGAAUUUUCAGAGGGGGAAGGCUGGACAUUGAAGAGACGGCAUGGGUAUAUGGCCCAAAUACAAUUGUCCUUGGCAAUUUUAAAUUUACUAGGUUGCGAUUUCAUCAUUUAUUCAAGUUUUGACAGAUCUUUUUAUUUGCUAAAUAUAGAUCGGGACGAAAUAUUUUGCAAUGAUCUCUUGAAAAAAUUGAAAAGUGUUUUCUUUCAAAAUAUGUUGCAUGUAUUGUG